CUGUGGUUAAGUGUUUGUCAACGUUGUCAACAAACAAAUAAUUUCAGAAUAAUCGCGUCUAUUUUGGAUACGAUUUGUAGAUAAAAAUGAACCGUUUUUAUACUUAGAACAUAUCAAAAGUUCAAUGAUCUGAUUGUAGUAUCGUUAAUAUAUCAGUUGCAUUUCCAUCUUACAUAACCUCUAAAAAAUAUAUAAAAGUAAAUAAAAAUGUUUGCCGUCAGCCGGCAAACGCAUCCUGCUACGGGUAUCGAGCACGCAAUAAGCUGUUGCUUCUUCAAUAAUGAUGAGAUGUGUUUGAUAACCGCUGGCGCCAAUAUCGUGAAAGUGUUCAGGCUCCUACCUGAGGGUCAUACCAAGGAGGUUAAUGCCGCUGGUCAACCAAUUCCCCCUAAAAUGAAAUUAGAAUGCCUGGCGACAUACACUCUAUGGGGCAAUGUUAUGUCAAUAGCUUCUGUCAAAUGUCCCAGUGCUGGACGAGAUCUUUUGCUGGUGUCAUUUAAGGAGGCAAAACUAUCGGUUCUACAAUAUGAUCCACAGACCAACAACUUAGUUACUCUAAGUAUGCAUUACUUUGAAGAGGAAGACAUGAAGGGAGGUUGGACAACUCAUCCACAUAUUCCUUGGAUUAGAGUGGAUCCGGAAUUCCGAUGUGCAGUUAUGUUAUUAUAUGGACGUAAGCUUGCCGUAUUGCCAUUUAGGAAAGACAUUACUUCUGAAGAAGGUGACCCUUUAGAAGCUAAACCAUUGUCAGAUACAAAGAAAAAUCAUGGAUCUCAAACAGUGACACGUGCACCAACUCUAGCCUCCUACGUGAUUGUACUAAAAGACUUGGAUGAAAAGAUAGACAAUAUUCUGGAUUUGCAAUUCCUAUAUGGAUACUAUGAACCAACAUUGCUAUUGUUAUAUGAACCAGUCAGAACAUUUGCAGGACGUACAGCUGUAAGAAGUGACACUUGUGCAAUGGCGGGAGUCAGUCUUAACAUGAGUGCUCGUGUGCACCCAGUCAUUUGGGCCACUGGAGGUCUACCAUUCGAUUGCAUCCAAGCAGUACCCUUACAGAAACCCUUAGGGGGAUGUCUUAUAAUGGCGGUAAACUCGCUAAUAUACCUUAACCAGUCAGUGCCGCCUUACGGAGUAUCACUGAACAGCGUCGCGACUCAUACUACAAACUUUCCUUUACGUAUCCAAGAAGGCGUCUGCAUAACACUAGAUGGCGCUAGAGUCGCCGCUAUAGGCGAGACUCGUUUGGCUCUAGCAUUACGCGGCGGACAGUUGUAUGUUCUUACGCUCCUCUCGGAUUCCGUGCGGAGUGUGCGAAGUUUUCAUCUGGAUAGGGCUGCGGCAUCUGUGUUAACAUCUUGUAUGUGCGUGAUAGAGGAGGAUUUCCUAUUCCUCGGAUCACGUCUCGGUAAUUCUCUAUUGCUACGAGUAACGGAGCGAGAAAACAGGAUGCUAUUUUCAGUGGACAAACCUUUAGAAGCCACAGUCGAUCUCACAGUACCUGAAGCGGAGAGAGAAAAAGAAGGUAGUAAAGAACAAAGAGAAUCAGAUUCAGCCGCGAAAAGACGUCGUUUGGAAAAUCUUAGUGACUGCGUUGCGAGUAACGUUAUUGAGAUAUGUGAUAAAGAUGAGCUGGAGGUGUACGGAUCGGAUAUAAGAACGUCUACUCAGCUGACCAGUUACGUCUUUGAGGUAUGUGACUCCCUUCUCAAUAUCUGCCCAAUCGGUGAUGUAACGAUGGGGGAGCUUCAACUCCUCACGGAUGGAGAGGACGCCAAGCGAGCAGAGGGUCUUGCUCUUGAGUUGGUCUGCUGCAGUGGGCGUGGUAAAAAUGGCGCCUUAACCGUGCUGCAACGCUCAGUUAGACCUCAGCUAGUUACAGCAUUUAAAUUGCCGGGUUGCAUAGACAUGUGGACGGUUAUCGGCGAGGCGACGGAAGUUAACCGAGAAGCACAUCGCGAUAUGGAGGGAACGCACGCUUACCUUAUAUUAACUCAGGAGGAGUCUAGUAUGAUCCUACAAACUGGUCAAGAGAUCAACGAGGUGGACAAUUCUGGAUUCAUGACGAGCGCCCCAACCAUCUUCGCUGGUAACCUCGGCAACAAUAAGUUCAUGGUGCAAGUAACUACCAUCGGUAUACGGCUCGUGAGAAAUGGUGUUCUCGUACAGUCAAUAUCUCUGGAAUGGACAGCUAAAACCGCAUCAACCGCUGAUCCCUAUCUGUGCGUAGUGUCUACGUGUGGCAGAGCUUUAGUAUUAGCUCUUAGAGAGCUUCGUGCAAGAGAUGCUGCAUCGGCACGUCUUGCGCCUACAAGGCAAGCUGUACCUCACCGUCCACCCUUAUUGAAAGCAGUACCUUAUAGAGAUUUAAGUGGAUUAUUCACAACUACGGACAUGGAAAAUGUGCAGGUGAAAGGCGAAUUCACGGGCAAAAUGAAAGGGAAGAACAUAAAGGCGGAAGGUUUCAAGCCCGGCGCAGUGUAUGAACUUAAUGACGAAGAUGAGUUACUGUAUGGCGGAGACCAAACACCUGCUUCUAUGGCAAGCAUCAUGUUAGCAGAACAAUCUAGAAACCCUGGUGUACCGAGACGUGUGUCUAGAUGGUGGAGACGGCAUUUAAUUGACCCUAAACCUUCCUUCUGGUUAUUCGUCAUUAGAGACAACGGAAACCUCGAGAUAUAUUCACUACCAGAAAUGAGAUUGAGCUUCCUUGUACGUGAUAUUUGUGCUGGAGAAAGGAUAUUAGCAGACAGCUUAGAAUCCGUCCCGAUCCCUACAAAUACGAAUGACGACGAUGAAAUGAAUACAGGACACAACGCCAAUGUUGAUAAGUUGCAGGAAAUAUUGGUUGUGGGAUUGGGGCAUAAGGGAUCUAGAGUACUGAUGUUGUUGAGGUGUGGCGGUGACCAUUUAAUGAUUUAUCAGGCGUAUAGAUACCCUCGUGGAAACUUGAAGAUGCGUUUUUCGCGACUGCUCGUAUCGUUCCCGUUCGGUUACCGGAGCGAUAUCGUUACGUGUCCUGAAGACGGCUACGAGGCGUCCGCGUUAAGGGAAGGCGUCCGACAGAUGAGAUAUUUUGGUAACGUGGGUGGUUACAGCGGCGUGUUUAUAUGCGGGCAUACGCCCUACAUUCUAAUGUUGGGAUCGCGCGGGGAACUGCGUUUGCACCCGUUAUGUCCGGACGAGGGACCAGUAUCGUCGUUUGCCUCCUUCAAUAACACUAAUUGUCCUCAGGGAUUCCUCUAUUUUAAUGCUAAGGUGUCGCUCAAAAUCUCAGUACUUCCCACCCAUCUCUCAUACGAAGCCGCAUGGGCCGUACGGAAAGUGCCUUUACGAGAAACCCCUCACUCCGUUACAUUCCACGUAGAGUCGAAAACAUACUGCUUGGUGUGUUCCACCUCAACUCCUACCCAGUCCUACUACAAGUUCAAUGGUGAAGAUAAAGAGAAGACUAACGAGAACAAAGGAGACCGGUUUCCUUAUCCCUUGCAAGAGCGUUUCUCCGUGAUGCUGUUUUCGCCCGUAUCCUGGGAAAUAAUACCUAACACGCGGAUAGAGUUUGAGGAUUGGGAGCAUGUCACCUGUUUGAAAAACGUCUCCCUUUCAUACGAAGGAACUCGAUCAGGUCUACGAGGAUAUAUCGCAAUAGGAACCAAUUACAAUUACGGUGAAGACAUCACUUCUAGAGGACGGAUUAUCAUUUACGACAUUAUAGACGUGGUACCCGAACCAGGUCAGCCCUUGACAAAGAACAGGUUUAAAGAAAUCUACGCAAAAGAACAGAAGGGCCCAGUUACAGCGCUCACCCAAGUGCUAGGUUUUCUUAUAUCUGCUGUUGGACAAAAGAUCUACAUCUGGCAACUGAAGGACAACGACCUAGUAGGAGUGGCAUUUAUAGACACACAGAUUUACGUGCAUCGAAUGAUGACGAUUAAAAACCUGAUAUUGGUCGCCGAUGUGUACAAAUCGAUAUCACUAUUGAGGUAUCAGGAUCAACAGAGAACAUUGUCUUUGGUGUCGCGAGACUUGAGGUCUGCACAGAUAUAUGAAAUGGAAUUCGUUGUCGAUAACAGCAAUCUCGGGUUUCUGGUGAGCGAUUUGGAUGGAAACUUUGCAUUGUUCAUGUACCAGCCGCAAGCCAGAGAGAGUUACGGAGGUCAAAGACUGAUCCGCAAAUGCGAUUACCAUUUGAGUCAACAAGUGCACGCAAUGUUCCGUAUCGCCGCGCGCACUACACCGGGCCAGCAGCUGCAUCGACGACAUGUUACUAUGUUCACGACUCUGGACGGUGGCGUGGGUUACAUAUUGCCAGUUUCCGAAAAGGUAUACCGAAGACUGCUCAUGUUGCAAAAUGUAAUGAACAACUACUGCUGUCACGUUGCUGGAUUAAAUCCUAGAGCUCACAGAACGUAUAAGGCACCUCGGAAGGCAGCUGGCGGCGGUGCUGCUCGGGGCAUUCUUGAUGGAGAUCUGGUUACGCUCUACACUUCCAUGCCUCUUACCGAACAACAAGAUAUUGCGAAGAAGAUUGGCACCAAAGUAGAAGAGAUAAUGGGGGAUCUCUACGAAAUAGACAGACUGACGGCUCAUUUUUAAUAAUAAGAGUAUUAUUUUGUACAUAAUUUUCAAGAUUACAGUAUUCAUCUGUA